CGAUCUUGAACGUCUUUCGCUUCCAGUCAAUCACAGCGCAGGCGGUGCCCACCCGAAGGUUUUCGUGCUGUACCGCCGCGAGUGGUCGUUGCGGUACCGGAUCACGGCUUUCAGGAUGUUGUCAGAGUCGAAGACCAGGUCCUGCAGAGCGAUGGUGAUGGAGACCAUGUAUGCACGGAUUCCGGGCAAUAAACGGAAGUGAGAGAAGGCUGGAAUGCUCAGAAAGGAGUUGUGGGUCGGAUAAGUUGGUGCACAUAUAUCAAGAUCGGAGCGGGACAGGAGUUCUCAACGAAAGGUUCUGGCGAGGUUCUGAGGAUGGGAUGAGUUCGUUGCAGCGCUAUAGAUAGGCGCGCUCGAGCAUCUUCGAGUGUUGUUUUGAGUAGUGAUGCUGACUGGGUCCCAGACUUGAAAAAGGCACAGGUGGCUAUGCAUGCAUCAUGGCUCUCACCAAACAACCUCAGAUCAUCGAUCGUAAUCUGCGCAGGGCAACAAAGUCAUCUUGCAGUUUCAGGAUAAUUUCACGGAAGGUUCAAAUCAUGAGGGGUCUUCUCGCUGCUUACCCGUAAGGCUCUGUGCACUACUCUCACGUCAGCGAUGCAGUAGUGGCCUCGAUUUCGCUGACCAUGGCCCGGGUGUACCUCACCUGAGCUGGGCGCUUAACCACAUCGCAUUCACACCUUCCCGGCCGGCCGCAGCUGCCGAUUUUCGUAGGCAUCAUGCUAUCAUCCGCAGUGAUGAAGGCGACUCCCUUUGAUAAACGCCACGUCUCCCUUUUACACACCCAACCACCAUGAGCACUGAACCCAAACGCCCCCGCGCGCGCGACAUCGGAAUCGUCAUCGGAGAACUCCUCAAGCCUGGCAAGCUCAACAGCAUCACGGACGUGCCACGGGUCAAGGUCGGGACGGCGCAGAAGAUAGCUGGGAAUCUGUCCUCGAAGGAUGAAGAGGAGAGGAAGAAGAUCGUGCGUGCAGGAGUGACCAUUAUCGGAACGGACGACAUCGAGCAGGUGCCGCUCUAUGCUGGGGUGGGCAUCCUCCAGGGCUCUGGGGAGCUCACUGGUUCUAUAUUCAUAAAAGAAGGCGGGGAACUCACGUGUCCGAUCGCGAUCUCAGGAACGAUGCACACUGGGCGUGUCUACGAUGCGAUAAAUGGCAUCAACCCUUUGAGAAUCCAGCUACCCGUGGUUGGUGAGACAUACGACCGGAUGACGCAUCCUCUCUCGCACUCGGAGGUGUCCAUGCCCGACUUGGUUUCGGAGGCGGUGGCGAACAUGUCCAGUGAGAGUGUGCAAGAAGGCAACGUUGGAGGUGGGACGGGAAUGGUUUCGUUUGGCCUCAAAGGGGGAACAGGAUCGUCCUCACGCAUCGUGCCAGGCUUGAAUGGCACGAGUUACACAGUGGGUGUCUUGGUGCAGGCUAAUCACGGCUCGCCUUACGAUCUGGUGAUUGGCGGUAAGCCAGUUGGCAAGAUCCUGGACGAGGAAGGCUACACUGCCCCGUGGUUUCCGACGCAUGACGCCCAAGUCAAACAGCUGCAAGAUGGCGAAGGCAGGCAACACCUCAGCAUCAUCGUCAUCGUUGCCACCGACGCUCCGCUGCUUCCUCAUCAGUGCAGCGCGGUUGCCCGGAGAGCUGGUGUGGGCAUUUCCAGAGGAGGAGGAGGAAAUCACUUUUUCAGCGGUGACAUCUUCCUGUGCUUCAGCACAGCCAGACCGGAGACCCCUCGAGUCGCUCCGACGUACGAAACCCGCGUUCAGCCAAUCACGACUUUCACGGUGAACGCUGUACACAACGAAACGCUGGAUUUCAUGUUCCGAGCCGCAGCGGAUGCGACGGAAGAAGCGGUCUUGAAUGCCUUGUUCGCUGCGGAUGAUCUGGAAGGGUAUACGGGAAGGAAGUGGCGCAGCCUGCCGGUAGACAGGGUCCGGGAGAUCGUGCAGCAGUCUCGUUCUUGAAGACCGCGUCAAUCAAAGUUGAGCACUAUAUAUGUACAUACUUAUAUCAGGCGAAAACACGUACUUCAAUUAGUCUAUAAAUUUUAA